AUGCCUUUAAAAUUUAAUAUUACUACGGAAAAUCUGAAGAAGCUAAUCGACACCCAUAUGGGCCCAGAACUAUUAAAAGAAAAUAAUUCGUGGGAGGUAUUAGAAUCACCUUUGUCGGGACGUGGUAUAUUUGCGGUGCGUGAAAUAGCUGCUGGAGAGGUGAUAUUACGCGAUAUUGCCUUGACGGUGGGGCCGACAAAUUCUUCCACUCAAACAAUUUGUGUUGUGUGUUAUAAACACCUAGAGGGCAAUGACCCAGAUAUUAUGUGUAAAAAUGGCUGCACUUUGCCCUUGUGCGGGGACUGUUCAAAUGUUAGUACCCACUCAACAGAGUGUGAACUAUUUAGACGCUGGAAACCCAAAGAGACAACAAAAAUCUCUCCCCAACUGUUGCGGUUUGUCUCCAUUGUUCGCUGUUUAUUUCUCAGUGACACCCAGCGUAGGUUAUUACUUGCCCUACAGGCCAAUAACGACAAAUACUAUGUGAAGGAACUAGAAAAAGUUGCUGCCGGCUUUACAAACUUCCCCAGCGAUCGUGAGCUAUUGGAGUAUUUCCAAUUCAGCAUUGCUGCCUUCAAUACCAAUGCCUUUGAAGGCAACUGCCAUCAACAGAUGGAACAACAGACAGCCGGCCGAGUUCGUGCCUUAUUUCCAUUGGCAUCAUUGAUGAAUCAUCAGUGUACCCCGAAUGCUGAUCAUUAUUUUGAAAAUCCCCAGACACUUGUCAUUUAUGCGACACGUCGCAUAGAGCGCGGUGAGGAGAUUGUCACAUCAUACACAAAAUUACUUUGGAGUUCGUUGAUGCGAAAAAUGUUCCUCAAAAUGACAAAACAUUUUGAAUGUUGCUGUCCCAGAUGUUUAGAUCCGACG